CAGAUUAUCACAGGCCCAACCGCACGAUCGCAGCAAGUUUGCCUUAUGCUGUAAACUUGAGAAUUGACAAGACCUGCAGUCACCAUGCGGGCGUGGCACUUGUUGGUGCUUUUUGCCGCUGCAGUUUUUGCAGAUUCCGGAGGAACUGGGUUUGAAUCAGCAGUUCAGCAGGCGGAGGAAGUUGUGAAUGACGCCGCCGCUGCUCGGGAUAAACGUAGCGAUGAUGAAGAAUAUGCCAAUGAUGAUGACACUGAAGUCAAACCAGCAAAAAAACAAGCGGUGGCUGCAGUGAAACCUACAACCACCACCACCACUACAACCACAACUACAACUACCACCACAAAGAAGCCACCAACGACCAAAAAAGCAAGGAAACGUAACGGUAAACUUAAGAAUAAGAAGAACAAGAAAUACAAACAACGGCAACACAAUAAGCCCAGGAGCCGCAGCCACUCAAGGCGUCGCAGUGGCUCUAGAAGGCGCAGUGGCUCCCGUAAUCGCAAUGGGCGCCGUAGUAGAUCGAGGAGUAUCAAAAAUUAACGUCAAAUCAGUUACCAAUGAAACCAUUCCUUCAUUAUGGUUUGCAUAUUCCUGCAUCAAUCUCUGCGCUGAACCAUGAUAAAAUUAUGAGAAAAUGCUUUUCAGAACAUUCCGAUCUCAAUUCCUGUUGUUAUUCUGAUGUUAAAAAUUUGUAGAAUUAGUUUCUUCAAAGCUGAUCAAGUUUAUAUAUGUUGUUGCUAUAAAAUCUUCUCUGCAAUCCUAUCAUGCUUACAUCAUUAAUAGAUUCUAUUAAUUACCGUACUUUCAACCUAUAAUGUGCAUGCUUCAAGAAUAAAUAAACAUUGCAAUUUUCUUUACAAA